AUGGAGAAACAGAAGAAAAGAAAAAUGAGUUUGUCAAUAAUCAACCGCGUAGCCAUGGGUAUGGGCGGCGCAAUAGACAGCUGCGGCAGAUGCAUGAAGGUGUCGCUAAUUGCGAUCAAUGUUAUUAUAUUUGUGGGCGGCGCUUUCGCCUUGGGAAUUGGAACAUGGGUGUGGGUAUCCCGUUCCUUCUCAAGCACCCUGAUGAGCAACAACAUGUUCAUCGCAUCAGUGGGCGUGGUCGUGGUGUCAGGUGCCGCAAUGAUACUACUCUCCUUGCUGGGAUGCUGUGGCGCAGCUAAAGAAGUUAAAUGUAUGCUGCUCACGUAUUACAUUCUAGUCUUCAUUAUAUUCGUGGUCGCACUGGUGGGCGGAAUCCUGCAGUUUGUAUUUCGCGAGAAGGUUCAUUCCACACUGGACCGCGAGAUGUUUGCAUCCAUACCGUACUAUGGGGUUAAGCAUGAAUACACUAAGGCAUGGGAUGACACGCAGACGUUCUUACAAUGCUGCGGGGUGAGGAAUCAUAACGACUGGAACGAUAAUGUACCUGAGAGCUGUUGCAAAGAAGUGUACCCUGGGAAGAGACUGGAUUGCAAGAGCUCCCCGAAUCCAACGACUAUGUACACUGAUGGUUGUCUCGAAAAAACUGUAACAUUUUUGCGGGAAAACGCAUUGAAUGUUGGUAUCACGGCCAUCGUAAUGUCAAUCAUAAUGUUGCUGGCAUUAGUGUUUUCAUGCGGGUUGUUCGUGAAAAUUGAG